CUAAAAUGUCAUGCAUCACGUCAAAAUUGUAAAAAUAAUGCUUUCGUUUCACAUGGGAUUUAGUUUAUAAAUAAAGUCAUAAAAUAGGCUCUGUCCUAAUUAAAAGUCUUUAACUUUCAUCGUUAAUAUAACACAUGAGUUAAAACCAAAGAGGUUGAGCUAGUUACAUCGUGAAACGAGGGUUUGCAAAAAGCAGCUAGAAUGUCGAUGCCACAUAGUAGCUCGAGUACCACUAGUUCCAGCACAAAACGCAAGGAAAUAUACAAAUACCAGGCACCAUGGCCCCUGUACUCCAUGAACUGGUCAGUACGACCAGACAAGCGCUUCCGACUUGCUCUGGGAAGCUUUGUUGAAGAGUAUAAUAACAAGGUGCAAAUCAUAUCUCUAGAUGAGGAGACCAGUGAGUUCAGUGCUAAGAGCACGUUCGAUCACCCAUACCCAACCACUAAGAUCAUGUGGAUUCCUGACAGCAAGGGAGUCUACCCUGACCUGCUGGCUACUAGUGGUGAUUACCUCCGCAUCUGGCGCGCCGGUGAACCCUACACCCUCUUCGAGUGUGUACUGAACAACAACAAGAACUCAGACUUCUGUGCCCCGUUGACAUCAUUCGACUGGAAUGAGGUGGACCCCAACCUCAUUGGUACAAGCAGUAUUGAUACCACUUGUACUAUAUGGGGGCUGGAGACCGGGCAGGUGUUGGGGAGAGUGAAUGAAGUGUCCGGACAUGUGAAGACUCAACUUAUUGCUCAUGAUAAGGAAGUGUACGACAUAGCAUUCAGCCGCGCGGGCGGCGGCCGCGACAUGUUCGCGUCGGUGGGCGCCGACGGCUCCGUGCGCAUGUUCGAUCUGAGGCAUCUCGAACACUCCACCAUCAUUUAUGAGGACCCGCAACACACUCCCCUCCUCCGCUUAGCAUGGAACAAGCAGGACCCGAACUACCUCGCCACGGUGGCCAUGGACGCGUGCGAGGUCAUCAUCCUGGACGUGCGGGUGCCGUGCACGCCGGUCGCCAGGCUCAACAACCACAGAGCCUGCGUCAAUGGCAUCGCUUGGGCCCCACAUAGCUCGUGCCACAUCUGCACAGCGGGCGACGACCACCAGGCCUUAAUCUGGGACAUCCAGCAGAUGCCCCGCGCCAUCGAGGACCCCAUCCUCGCGUACACCGCCGCCGAGGGCGAGGUCAACCAGAUCCAGUGGGGGGCCACCCAGCCCGACUGGAUCGCCAUCUGCUACAACCGACACACUGAGAUACUGCGCGUCUAAGGGUAAUCAGGGUACGUAGUAGUGAGCUCUGGGUCUUAAGGUGAACUGGGACUGUAUUUGUUGGUAUUCUUUAAGGUUUUACUAAUAAGUACUCAAACGCUACUUUUUUCGCAGAUAUUAAUGUGUGACAGAUAGAAUGAUGUUUGAAGUAAUGCUUAAUAUUUUGAGUGGCGUUUGAGUAUUCAGCCAUGAUUAGUUAUUUUUUUAAACAACAAUAACCUUCUCCCGGGUCUUAGUUACCUCCCCUCUGAUUUUCAGCCAAAUCGGUCAAGCCGUUUUCAUGUUAUGUCGUGACAACGGAAAGCGGGUUUCAUUUUUAUAUAUAUAGAUUUCUAAAAUAUCAGUUUAAAUUAACGCUGAAAGAAUAUCAAUGAAACCAAUCUCAUGGCAUUGUCCCCUUAUACCAGAGAGCAUUAUGAUCUGAUUAACUAAGUAGUUACAUCAGUAUGUACAGACCACAGCAUGUUAAGCUACCUUAAUCUGUCAAAUUUCUACAAUAGAUUUUCAACCUUAUGGCAAUAGUGGAAAGUUAAUAUUCGAUUGAUAAAAUUUGACAGAUCCGGGUAGAUUGACCUGCUGGCGUCUGUACCAAAUGGUACCCUUUACUAUGAGAAGCUAUUAGGGUGCGAAGACAUAGAGACACAACGAAGCAAUGAAAAAUAUGAGUGUUGAACCCUGGAAAAUAAGACCAAGUUGUGAAAGAUUUGCCAAAAAAAGCGUUCGGUGUGCGUAGGUGUGAACUAACCCUAAAAAUUAUCGGAAAUAAAAAAAACUGAAAUUGGACUUUGACAUUGUGGUUUCCACUAUGGAAACCAGCAUAGGCUUACAAAAGAAUAGAAAUACCUUAAUAGGUUUUCUUAAUUACUUGAAAAUUUGUACUUUACGUACAAUUUAAAAGUGUUUGACGUGUCGGCUGGUAAUCCGACUUCGAUUGAAAAAAUGUGAAUUAAUGUUAUCUCUUUAUUAAAAGACUGACCGAAAAAUUAACAUUUCAAAAUUUUGAGGUUUCACUAAUUAACCUAAGAUUCUUAGGUGAUUUGAAAAAAAAAUAAAGGCAACGACUGUAUAUAUGGGCUGUUCUACGUAUAGAUAUUA